CAAUCAAUCAAAUCGAAUUAAGUUAACAAAUUGAAUUAGGUAAAUACAACUAAAUUAGGUACAUCAAAAUGUUGUUAAAUUUACUCUUCUUCUUUUUCGUCGUUAUUCUUAAUUCGGUUUUCUGUAAGCCAAUGGUUGAUGUUACAAAAUUCUCACCAGAAGUGCGAGGCUUGGUCAAGGAACUACAUAAUUCGUGCAAAGCAAAAACAAAUACAGAAGAAAUUGUUUUACAACAGGGAAACAAGGGUAUAUUUGAAAAUGAUGACAAGCUAAAGUUAUAUUUGCUUUGCAUCUGGGAAGAAUCUGCUUUAAUGAAGGAUGGAGAACUCGAUAGAGAAGCUCUCGUAGAAAUAUUUCCUGGAGACUAUAAGGAUAUCAUUCCAAAAUUGUUCAUGGCUUGUUUCGAUAAAUUCCCAAAUGAAAAGUCGACACCAGAUCGAGUAUUGAAAAUGUAUAAAUGCGUACUUGAGGCAGACCCAGAGCACUUCGUUAUAGUUUAAAGAAUGCAAACCGAAGAUCAGUAUACUAGAGGCCACAUCAACAAUCUCUCGACAAUAUUAUGUAGAUCUUAAAACCUAAUAAACGGAAUAAUAAUAUUAAUGUGUUUAUUAAAAUUUUCUUCCUGUUUACC